CUCUCCACACAUAUCAGCAAAACACAUCCCACCUCAUAAUACUCCUUCAUUCUUCGAUUUUUCACCAAUUUUUUUGGCUCCAAAAUUCCAUCUCUUUCACUUUCUCUCUCCUCCUCAAUAAUGGUGUCACUCUCCCUCCUUUCAACACUCCCUUCUCUCUCUCCUCUUUCUCUCUCUUCUCCCGCCAUUUUUACUACUACUACCAGAUAUUCUCCUCUUCCUGGUACAAUUCGCUGUAGUAGUAUCAAUUUGGUGGUAGAUGAUGAUCGAUUUCGACGAAGGGAUUUUCUCAACUGCCUUGCAUUGUCUGCUGGAAUUGAAGUAAUAUCAAGUUCAGGAACCUUUUCUGGAGAUGCCUAUGCUGCUGAUUUAAUUCAGAGAAGGCAGCGCUCCGAGUUUCAAUCUGAUAUUAAAGGGACACUUUAUACAGCUAUAAAGAAAAAUCCAGACCUUAUUCCGUCUAUCCUAACUCUAGCUCUAAAUGAUGUGAUGACUUAUGACAAGGCCUCAAAAUCUGGAGGUCCAAAUGGUUCAAUACGAUUCAGCUCAGAGAUAAGCAGACCUGAAAACAAAGGCCUUUCUUCUGCCUUAAAUCUGUUGGAGGAUGCAAAAAAAGAAAUUGAUUCAUACUCUAAGGGGGGACCUAUCGCCUAUGCGGACCUUAUCCAAUGUGCAGCACAAUCAGCUUUAAAGAAUACUUUCCUGGCUUCUGCUAUCCGUAAAUGUGGUGGGAAUGAAGAGAAGGGAUCUUUAUUAUAUACAGCGUAUGGCUCUAAUGGACAGUGGGGCCUGUUUGAUAAGACAUUUGGGAGGACAGAUGCCCAAGAACCAGACCCAGAAGGCAGAGUUCCCCAAUGGGAUAAAGCAAGUGUCCAGGAAAUGAAGGAUAAAUUCAAAGCCGUGGGAUUUGGCCCACGUCAGCUGGCUGUUAUGUCUGCAUUUCUUGGUCCUGAUCAAAAAGCAACUGAGGACUUAUUGGCUACAGAUCCUGAAGUUGCUCCAUGGGUUCAGAAAUACCAGCGCAGUCGAGAAACAGUUUCUCAGACAGACUAUGAGGUUGACCUGAUAACUACUCUUACGAAGUUAAGCUGCCUGGGACAGCAAAUUAAUUAUGAAGCAUAUACAUAUCCUGUGAAAAAGAUUGAGUUAAGCAAACUGAAGCUAUAAUAACAAUGCACCAUGAAGAAGUGCCAUUGCGAGAUGUUUAACUGAUCUGAGUCUCAUUAAGGGGAGAGAUGAAGUCCAAUGUGAUGAAAUCACCGACAAACUAUCUGUAAGUUCUUGUUGAAAGAUCCUUGGCAAAGUUUGUAUAUCUGUGCCAAACCAUCCAAGCUUGCAAAUAACUUUGUUUUCUCCCCAAUUCUCUUGAAAAAGUCAUCUGAUUUUCAUCUUUUGACAGCUACUACUUUCUCCUGUACACAUAAAUGAUAUUCAUUUGUGAUUAAUAAUUAAACAUAAUUUUAGAAGGUUCUAAUAUACAGUAUAUAUCAAUGCACAAUUGCACAGUCCAAACAAGAUUUUGACUUGUAAAAUGUCAAAUUACUGCUUCUUAAUAAAGUCACUAAAGUUGCCUUUUUUCACAAA